UCGGUUUAUUGCUCUUAAGGGACUGGUUGUUUACACGGGCAACCCCUUCAAUGUCACAAUUAGGAAAUUUUCUAUCAGAAAAAAAUCGACAUCUUGUGGAAGUGUCACACAUCUUAAGAACGGUUAUUUACAAAUGCAGAGAACUGGCCCUUUGUGACCUAAUAGUUUACAGUACUUGAAUGAAUACAGUGUCGUGUACGAUGUUCCUCUUAAGUUUUCAGCCCUCGGAGAUGUGGUCAAGACAGAAACGAGUCAGGAAACUCCUGCGCACGCUCACGUCCGCCGCAGUUUCAGAGAGCGUCGUUUUAGCGCAACAACGAUCCUGGAGGUUGGACGCAGCAGAUGAUGCAAGCUUCGUCCUGACAUGCGCUAGUAGCCUUUUUCUCAUUCCGAGUCUCGUGAAUCCACAUUGUUUUCAUUUUGGGCCCUGUAAAUUUCUCAGACAACAAUACCAAAAUAUUAUUUAUUAAUUCUGAUCAGCUACUUUCUACAAUGCAUGGUUCGUUUCAAUAGAACAGUAACGCACAGAGCUGCUUGGGCUCAGGUGAAUCCAUUGUCACGCUGCUCUCACAAGUGUUUGGUGUCUUGACGUAAAAGUCGGCCCACUGUCUUGCGCCAUCUAUGCUGACAUCACUGGACCGAAUCCACACAGGCCCACGCGGAUGAGCCGGAGCUCGUGAGAAUGGUCAGCUGUCGGUGUCUCAAUGAAAACGUGCUACAGCAAUUACCCAUCAAUAAAAGAGCUCACGAUGCACACGUGACUGGGUUUACUGGCCCACCAGUUUACCGCUCCACCGCCUGCGCCCAGUGAGGAAUGAGCAGGUUUCCCAUUAUUACCUUGUAACAGCAAUGACACCACGAGCGUGAUUUGACUGACGCGCAUGGCUAUAACAGCAGAAUUUCCACUGGAUCACACUAAUAUUGUUUUUUUUACACUGUGAUUUUUAACUAUUGCAAAAAUAAGGAUUGCGCUUUUGACGUUAAGAAUUACGCAUGCGCAGUAGACACGACAGGUAAUUUCGCAGGCCUGGGUGUGGACCAGCGACAAUACAUCUGCGUUACGUUUAACUCGGUCUAAACUUUAUUACCCGUAAAUACUUUCUGUGUAAGAUAUUGUGACUUCCCACUUUCCCAGCCCGCGCAUUCUGGAAGAUUGAUGAGGAAUUUACGCGUGACGUGUUUUUAGUUUUCUUUUAGGCGCUCCUGCAGAAGGAGGGGCUGCCCCCCCAGCGCUGCAUGUAUAUAAACCUCCGCAAACCCAGACAGCAGCACACUCCUUACUCAUUUACGAGUCUCGACCAAAGAUCGCAAUCUCAGAAGGAAGAUGGUCAACUUGAAUGGACACUUCACCCGCUGUGCGCUGCUGCUGCUGCUGCUGACGACCCUGAACUGGCGCACAUCAACCGCAGGCCCGGUGCUCGCACCCGCUCUGAGCGCAGAGAAGUGCGCGCAGUGCUCGUCGCUCUUCGGGAACCUCCUAAUCAAUAUCACAACGCUUCUCAAAAGUGGCGAUAUUUGCUAUGCAAUCCCGUCUGACGCAGUGCUGAUACAUAAUGCUGAGACGCUGCAGGCGUGCGCGCCCACAGUGACACAGCAGUCAGGUUGCAUGAUGCAAAGGGACUCACCCUUCAGUGAGAGUGAAUGUAUGAAGAACAUCAUGAAGGAUUUGUCUCACUACGAUGCUGCUAUCGAAUCCUACCUGACGCAGCCACGCAGGAAUGCAGUCAACGAAACUGAACUCCUCAGGUCAACACAAGAAAUGAUCAAGAGCCUGAUGAAGCACUGCUCCCUGGAUGGAGGGAGCGGCUCGUCAGAGUGGGACGCUGCUCCGCUGUGGGGAAAUAACACCUUCGAUAACCGUCAGGUGAUGUGUAAGAUGAUGAAGGGCUUCCACAUCCGAGCCAUCACCAUCAACCGGGCCAUGGGCUACAUCUCCUCAGGGGACCACAGGAAGUAACCACCCUGCACGCCCGCCAUCAUCAUCUCCAUCACGCCAAUCAAUACCACAAUGUCUCAUGUCCAAACAAGGCCCCUCCAUCAUUCACUACCAUCACUGACAACUACUGACCAAGUAGUUCUUGACACUGCACAUGCUGAACAAGCGUCUGCAUGACCACUGCUCAGGUAUAAGCUAUCUGGGCCCAAUGCUAAUGAUUUAUGGGUCCUAGGGUUAGUGGUGAAGGCCAUGUUGGCCUGAUUUCAUGAAUGUAUUCCAAUAUUUGGGGGAAUGUAUCUAUUUAUUUGACAUAUAUUUAUUACAUUAAUGUAUUUGAUGGUCUAUGAUGUUAUUUAUUCUUAUUUAUAAUAAAAUAUUUAUGAUGUGAAA